AUGAGCCACCCGCCAAAUCCAUCGCUUCCUCCCAGCAGUUCUGGGAUGUUUGGCUUGGAUUUCGUCGUUGCCUGCAGCCAUACCCAGUCUCAUACCGUCGCCUCUGGUGCCUGGAUGUUUACACCCUUUGUUGAAUUAUUGAAGGAAGUUCGGGUGGUUGCCUUUGGACGUGCAAACGAGGAGGAGGGAACUGAUCAGCAGCCUAUCAGGCCGGUGUCGUCGCUCCUGUCCCAUUUCGAGAACCUCUCCCAUACCAAACGUGCGCCUGAAGCUCAAGAUGGACCUGGAUCGUUAUUAAAAGCACCAACGCCAGCAGAUAAUGCUACGGCAGGCCGGAUUUCACUAGAUCUGCCCCGAUCCAACUCGCCAUGGGGGGGUUCACAGCGGCCCACCCAAAGCUUCCUACGGCCCCAGCAGACUGGGGAUUCUCCAACCCGUCGUCUCCAGGCACGUCCGUUGUCUAUGAAUAUACAAUCUACACCUCCUGGACGGCCAGUGUUUACCGUUGAGUCGCCACGACCUUCUCCGGAACCGAAUUUCCCGCAGAAUCAGAGUCUCCCGCAGAACCAGAGCCGCGCAUCCUACGCCCUACACGUUCCUAAUGGACAUUCAACGUUGAACGAACCGUCUACCAGCCCUGCCUCCUCUUCUCGCACCUCCACUCGUCCUACGACCCCUCUCAGUGAUCCUUCUAAUACGGCUCCAAUAGACGGCCGGCGUACGACUCCAGUGAGCCAGCGCACUGGGAAUAAUGGGAAAAGUACCUCUGUGCCUCCACCUGUAAACAGGGCGGAGAAGCCGAAGAUACCAGCUAAGAAACCCGGCAUAUCACCCAACCAUGAUGUCACAACCUCGAAUACAUUGGCUCCUUCGUCUUCGUCCCAGCGUACAUCGAUGGAAGAUAGGGUAUCACCCUUCAGCACACCUCCUAGCAGCCCGGAGAAAAUACCGGGGGCAUCAAAGUUCAAUGGCGUCCCUGAACUCACGAGCCUGAGUGAGCUAGAUACGCCAACCCGAAUUCCUAAAACUCAGCAAGGUCUACGUUCACAAUCAGGGCCUAUUUCUCGCGAAGGUCCGCCAGUGUCGAGAUUAACAAAGCAGAAGAAUUUAAUCACCGACAUGGCUCCCAGUUCGAUCCCCCCUCACCCUCAACCAGCCAUAGGCGCCAAAAUCAUGAGUGUGGCUACCACCACGCCGACGCCCGGCGGUAGUUAUGAUCCAGAAAAUAGGCAAAGUGCGCCGAGACGACGUCUAUCACCUGCGCCGCCGCGUAGGCUGGAGACACCACAGACCUUUGUGCCUCCUUCCAGGGAUGAGCCACCCAGCCCUCAAAGAGUAGUGUCUGCUACGGAACCCCAGAAACAAAGCACAUUCAAACCACCACCUAGGUCAUCUAGCAUAAAAUAUGUGAAGCCAACGCCUCCUCCGCCUCCCCCGCCUCGCAGAGACACAAGUAAUCUCUCGGCGAAAUCCACUCAACAUACAGACAAGCCUCCGCCUCCGCCUCCGCCUCCACCUGCAAACCCACCAGUACGACAGCGGCCGCCAGCAGCCAUCCAUUCCAGUGACCAAGAUGCAGUUAAGUUCCUAGAACAGCUUACUCGCUCAUCACAUCGCGCUGAGCCUGCUGUUGUGACCGAUUCGGAUAUCCAUCCAGAUGCCACUCAUACAAACCGUCGCCCACCAUUUUUCAGAUCGGGUGCCGCUGGUGUCCACACCAAGUAUGAUACCCGGGUGUUCGAUGUUUGUGGACAGUACGCUUGUACGACAGGUUACUUUACCAGGGUUUGGGAUCUUGUGACAGGAGAGAUGAUCAUGAGUCUAAACCACGGCGAAACAGUAAAGGGCUCUGCCAUUGCGUUCAAACCCGGAAGGAGUAUUGAUGAGGAGGGAGCCUUAAUCUGGAUUGGUACAACUGCCGGCGAGAUACAGGAGGUCGACGUUAGAACCCAAUCUAUCGUCAAUACCCGACCUGCCCACUCUCGACGGGAAAUUAUCAGGAUAUACAGGUACCAGAAGGAACUCUGGUCAUUAGACGACGAAGGGAAACUCCUGGUCUGGGUUCCAGAUGAGUCAGGCUCACCGAAUCUGCAAUAUAGCUAUAACCACCCGUACGACCGGAUGGUAAAGGGGCACACCUUUUCGAUGGUUGUAGGCGAUAUAAUCUGGUACGCGACAGGCAAGGAGGUACGGCUAUAUCAACCUCAUGCCCAGGAUACUACUUUCCAGGUUCUCAAAUCGCCGCUAGGCAAACAUCACGCCAGUGAGGUAACUUGUGGAACGAUGUCUACGAAAAACGGUGGCAUGGUAUAUCUUGGCCACGCAGAUGGCAAAUUGACCAUUUACAGCUCUCAGGAUUAUGCCUAUCUUGGAACUGUUACUGUCAGCAUGUACAAGAUCAGUUCGCUGGCUGCUGUUGGGGACUAUCUAUGGGCAAGCUAUAAGACCGGCAUGAUUUACGUGUACGAUACGUCAACGAGUCCAUGGACAGUCAAAAAGGACUGGAAUGCGCAUGACCAUGGAGUUUGUGGAAUGACACUUGACCUAAGCUCUGUGUGGACGAUUAAUAAACUUCAAGUCGUAUCUCUUGGUGUCGAUAAUUAUAUCCGUGUCUGGGAUGCUAUGCUUGAGGAUGACUGGCUAGAGGCAAAGAUGCAAAGCAAGGAUGUCGAAUACUGCCAAUUCCGAGAAAUUUCUGCAGCGAUCGUAACAUGGAAUGCUGGUGCAGUUGUUCCUGGAAAACUGCCAAAUAGCAACUUCAUACGAGAUGCUAUUCACCCAGAGAAUGCACCGGAUAUUCUAGUCUUUGGUUUCCAAGAGCUUGUAGACUUGGAAGACAAGAAGAUCACAGCAAAGAGCUUUCUCAAGGGAAAAAAGAAGGACGCAGACAAAGAGACGAUGAGUCGGCAGUAUCGUGUGUGGAAGGAUUAUCUCGCAUCAUGUAUCAGAGACCAUAUGCCAAAUAACGAGUCAUAUGUCCUUCUACACACAGCAAGCCUUAUCGGCUUGUUUACUUGUGUAUUUGUAAGACAAGAUACGCGCGAACGGAUUUCAAACGUAAGCGCGGCAGAGGUUAAGCGAGGAAUGGGUGGACUCCAUGGGAACAAGGGCGCACUUAUCCUCCGAUUUUUCUUAGACGACAGCUCACUAUGCUUUGUCAAUUGUCAUUUAGCCGCAGGUCAAACCCAGACAGCGAACAGAAACAACGACAUCGCCGCAAUCAUGGAAAGUGAGGCACUUCCUAAAGAGCCAAGCAUGUCAGCUCGAAUAGAUCGAUUCGCCGGCGGCGGAGACGGAUCCAUGAUUCUCGAUCAUGAAAUUUGCAUCUUAAAUGGCGAUCUCAACUACCGUAUUGACUCGAUUCCGCGAAAUACAGUGAUAGAAGCGGUUAAAGCCAAUAACCUCCCGAAACUCCUAGACAGGGACCAACUUCUAGCUUCAAAGCGAAAGAAUCCUGGGUUCCGACUUCGUACAUUUAACGAAGCACCAAUCACGUUUGCACCAACGUAUAAAUACGAUGUGGGAACUGAUGAUUAUGAUUCGAGCGAGAAGAAGCGAGCUCCGGCAUGGUGUGAUCGACUUCUAUAUCGUGGGUUCGGCCGUGUCAAGCAGCUAGAGUAUAGACGGCACGAAGUCCGUGUUUCCGACCACAGGCCUGUUAGCGGUACUUUCAAGAUGCGUGUCAAAUCUAUAAUUCCAAAAAAGCGCACAGCCACAUGGGAGGCUUGUCAGGAGGAAUUUCUCCAGGAGAGACAGCGUUUAGCAACCGAAGCUAGCGUUUCUUACCUUGUUCGUUUUCUCGGGUUAAGUCCACGAGAAGCCUAUACAUUAAUAACAACUCCGCCAUGA